AUGAAAUGGGUUCAGGAUGCUAACUCUGCAGUCCCCCCCCCCGCGCUUUUCUCUCUUUUCUAUCUCCCUCAUCAGCAUUUGGCUUCUCACCUUUUUGUCUCUCUGUCUUUUUUAUUUCUCUCUCUUUUUCUUUUCUCUCUCUUUUUCUUUUCUCUCUCUUUUUCUUUUCUCUUUUCUCCCUUACUUUCCUUUUCUCUUCCCCCUUUCUCUUUUUUUUUCUCCAUUUUCUUCUGCCUUCUUCCUUCACUCUCUAUCUUUCCGUUUCCAGUCCUUCACUCUCUAUCUUUCCGUUUUCCAGUCCUUCCUCUCUAUCUUUCCGUUUCCAGUCCUUCACUCUCUAUCUUUCCGUUUCAGUCCUUCCUCUCUAUCUUUCCGUUUCCAGUCCUUCACUCUCUAUCUUUCCGUUUCCAGUCCUUCACUCUCUAUCUUUCCGUUUCCAGUCCUUCACUCUCUAUCUUUCCGUUUCCAGUCCUUCACUCUCUCUUCUGUUUCCCGUCUCUCACUCUCUCUUCUGUUUCCCGUCUCUCUCUCUCUUCUGUUUCCCGUCUCUCACUCUCUCUCACUCUCUCUGUGUUUCCAGUCUCUCACUCUCUCUGUGUUUCCCGUCUCUCACUCUCUCUGUGUUUCCCGUCUCUCACUCUCUGUGUUUCCCGUCUCUCACUCUCUGUGUUUCCCGUCUCUCUCUCUCUCUCUGUGUUUCCCGUCUCUCACUCUCUCUCUCUGUAUCCCGUUGUUCUCUUUCCCUGUGUAUCCUGUUGUUCUCUCUCCCAUUGCUCUCUCUCUCCGUUUCCCCCCAUUUCUCUCUCUCUAUUUCCUGUUUUUUGCUCUGUUUCCUAUGUCACUGUUUCUUCUCUUCCUCUCUCUCUGUUUCCAUCUCUCUCUCUUCUGCCUGUUCUACCCCCAGCCUCCUGCUUAUGCCAUUUAGCUAUUAUUAAGUAUUUUAUAUCCCUCUUUCUCACUUUUUUCUCUCUCUCUCUCUCUCUCUCUCUCUCUCUCAAGGUCCGGUCUGUUAAGUUGUGUUGUCUUUUCCUCUUUAAUUAG